GAAAAAGUGCAGCCCAAAGAAGAGUGUUUUUAAAGACAUACAAUCAUUGGUGGUGACACCAGAUUCACAAUGGAGGUUUCUCCAGCAACCAAGUUUGGUGAGACCUUUGUGUUUGAGGACAGGUUAGAGAUGCAGCAAGAGCUUUUCCCAGGGGAGGAUCUGGGGGACCCUUUUCUUCAGGAAAGAGGUUUGGAACAAAUGGCUGUUAUCUACAAGGAGAUCCCUCUUGGGGAGCAAGAUAUGGAACGUGAGGAUUAUGAGGGGAAUUUCAGACUGUGCUCAAGCCCUGUUCAACAUCAGGGUAUUCCCCUGAGAGCCAGACCCCAGGAUGAGGAGAUAUUUGGUACAACUUUCCUCCAGAAAUCUGACCUCAGUGUAUGUCAGAUAAUCCACAGCAGAGAAGAGCCCAGUCUAUGUGAUCAUGAAGAAGCAGGCAAGAGGGAUUCAGGACCUAAUAUACCUAAUAAAUCCCCACAGCCAGCCAAGCCCUAUGCAUGUCGUGAGUGCGGGAAGGCUUUCAGUCAGAGCUCCCACCUCCUCCGACACUUGGUCAUCCAUACUGGUGAGAAGCCCUAUGAGUGCUGUGAGUGUGGGAAGGCCUUCAGCCAGAGCUCUCACCUUCUCCGACAUCAGAUCAUCCACACUGGGGAGAAGCCCUAUGAGUGCCGGCAGUGUGGGAAGGCCUUCCGCCAGAGCUCAGCCCUCACGCAACACCAGAAAAUCCACACUGGGAAGAGGCCCUAUGAGUGCAGGGAAUGUGGGAAGGAUUUUAGCCGGAGCUCCAGCCUCCGAAAACACGAGAGAAUUCAUACGGGAGAGAGACCUUAUCAGUGUAAGGAAUGUGGGAAAUCCUUCAACCAGAGUUCAGGCCUGAGCCAGCAUCGAAAAAUCCAUACCCUAAAGAAACCCCAUGAAUGUGACCUCUGUGGGAAAGCCUUCUGUCAUAGAUCCCACCUGAUCCGGCACCAGCGGAUUCACACUGGGAAGAAACCUUACAAAUGCGAAGAGUGCGGUAAGGCAUUCAGUCAGAGCUCCAACCUCAUCGAACAUCGUAAGACCCACACUGGUGAAAAACCCUACAAGUGCCAUAAGUGUGGGAAGGCCUUCAGUCAGAGCUCAUCACUUAUUGAGCACCAGCGGAUCCACACUGGAGAAAAGCCCUAUGAGUGCUGUCAGUGUGGCAAGGCCUUCUGCCAUAGCUCUGCACUGAUUCAGCACCAGAGGAUCCACACCGGGAAGAAGCCCUACACCUGCGAGUGUGGCAAGGCCUUCCGGCACAGGUCAGCCCUCAUUGAGCACUAUAAAACCCACACCAGAGAGAAGCCCUAUGUGUGUAAUCUGUGUGGCAAAUCCUUUAGGGGGAGCUCACACCUGAUCCGGCAUCAGAAGAUCCAUGCUGGGGAGAAACUGUAGAAGGGGAAGCCCCACAACAGCUUGGAAGCCUUUGCCAGAUGGAACCCAUGCCAUGUUGCUUUGUCUCUUAAGACCCCACCUACUUCCCUGAUAACAGCGCUGGAUGGAAACUCUCUCAUGAGGCCCUCCUGAACAUCCCCACUAUCAGGAAGGAUCCGUGUAGAACCCGACAAGCUUACCACACUCUGCAGGUUUCCUAGGUGAAAGGGAGUGUGGGACCAUAAGAGAGGUGAACCUGAAAAGAGCUGGCUUUCAGUUUUCUCACUCUUACAUUUAAUUCCCAAGCCUAUGAGAUUUCAUUUUUCCGUCUCUUCACUUUUAUCAGACUCCAGAAGAAGAAUAAACAUCAGGAAGAAGAGAGUUGAGUUAAACCUAGGAGCAUGUCAGAUUAACUUUAAAUCAGGCGGAAGUCUGGCUGGCACUUUCAGAAGAUAGAAAACGCUCACAGCCUGAGUCAGAUGAAAAGAACAGACUCAGAAGUAGAUAUGGAAUAGGCAAAAUAGAAUUCUCUCCCUGAGUUGAGCACUGAGUACGAGCAAAACAGGUUAACAGAGCAGAGAAGAUCUAAAGGAUUGAUUUGAGGACUUGGGGGUGAGGGUGGUGAUUUUCUGAGCAUGGUCUCACAACUUUCUCAUAGGUGGAGGGUGGAUUCUGUCAGAUCUGUCACAAGAGAGCAGAGGUUUGGUCCUACUGUGGCCAGAGGAUGUUUGAAACCUGGCUGUGACUCAUCUGAGGCACUGGUGCCCUCCAGAGACAUCUCUCCUUGAGGCCCAGUGCUCCCAAGACCACAGUGUGCCUUGAACACCAGCAGGGCCCAUUUUCAGUCUGGUGGUUAUGCAGCCUCCUUUCUUUGCUCACCAGUGUUGGGAUGUGGACAGCAGGUGAUUGGAGGAGGAGGCUGUGAUUCAAUCAGAAUGUCUAGAUUCAAGUCUGCCCCUCCUACAUAGUGACUUUGAGCAAGUCCCAUAACCUCCAUUUCCCUGUGUGAGGACGGGUCCAGGCCAUAUACCUCAAGGGCUGGUGUGAGGCUCCCAUUCAGAAUGUUGUCACACUCAAAAGUGUUUUGGCAACUAACAAUCACAAAUAGUGGUUGAGGAUGGAGCUCCUG